UGACUUCCGGUUUGGAUAGAAGUUCCGGUACGGAUCUGCGCAAUUCGUUUGUCUUUAAACCCUAAGGAGAGAAGGGCAAAGCUAAAACCCUGAAGAAGAAAGAAGCCAUCCAUCCCCUUGUAACCGCCAUGGUUUUCCCUUUGUGCAUCGGCAGGUCAGCUUCUCGUUUAGCUUCCGUGUGUGGUCGUGUGGCUCGACCCCAGGCCAUAUCCGCCGUCGUCGUCAAUCGCUCCUCCCUUGUUUCCAAACCAUCUUCUCUGCUUCGUCCUUUCGUAUCUCGUGGCUUCCUCUAUUCGACGGAUACUAAUGACCGGUUAAAGUCCGAUCAGACGCUUAUCCAAGUGAUUGACUCCGAGAUCAAAGACGCUUUCGAUGCUGAUGUGGUGGGUGAAGACGAGACACCAGGUUCUGGUGACUUUCCUUUUAAGAUUGAAGAUAAUCCUGGUCACAGGACCGUAACAUUGACUAGAGAGUACAAUGGAGAGCAGAUUAGAGUAGAAGUAAGCAUGCCUGGUUCCAUGGAUGAACAUGAAGAUGGUAUGGAUGACAAUGAAGAUGGUGAUGAGAAAGCUAACGAGACAAACAUUCCGCUUGUUGUCACUGUGACAAAGAAGAGUGGUCUCAGCCUUGAGUUUAGCUGCACUGCUUUCCCUGAUGCGAUUGUCAUUGAUGGUUUGUCUGUGAACCAUUCAGACAAGUCUUCUGAAGAAGAAGAACAAUUGACAUAUGAUGGACCUGAUUUUCAAGAGCUGGAUGAGAACAUGCGCAGGUCGUUCCAUAAGUUUCUCGAGGCCAGAGGAAUCAAACCAAGCGUUACGGAUUUCAUGCAUGAGUACAUGAUGAAGAAAGAUAGCAGAGAGUACUUGCUAUGGUUGAAGAAUCUCAAAAACUUCAUCCAAGAAUGAAUCAAGAUUGAAGUAAGAAGAGUAGUUUUUAUGGUUGCAGUUCUGUACUAGUGACAUCUAAGUUCUGAGUCUUUUGAAAGUGAAAUUCGAAUUUGAGCAUUUAUCCUCCUUUGGAUGGAGAAUGAUAAAAAAAAAACAGAAAGUUACAUUGGCUUA